AGAAAAUCACGUCUUCAUUCGUUGUGUGAAACUUUCUUCCCUAAACCCCUCAAAACCAAAUCCACUUCAUCUCUCUCUCUCUCUGCUCCUCUCGGAGCCCUCCAUUCCACCGUCUCCGGCCUCCGUCUCUCUCCGGUGGGGUCAUCCUCACCGUGGCUGCUGUAAGCUCAGUCGACCAGCUACCUCCUCUUAACUGCCCUGGUAGUUUCCAACUCCAGAUCUCCCUCUUCCUUCUUAAAACCCCCUUAUAAGAAUGUGGUGUAGUCAUUGUCAAAAGGACUGCCCUACUACUGAGGAGACUGGCAGAAUAUGUUGUGAUUUUUGUGGAAGAGUUAUCUCAGAUGCUUUCUUUACCGAGGAGCCUAGUUUUGUUAAAGGUCCUGGAGGAGAGAGCCACUUGUCUGGUAACUUUGUUAAAUCCAUUGCAAGUUCAGUCUCGGAUUCCUUUAGAAGGACUUUGGAAAAGGGAAGAGAUGAAAUAAGGCAUAUAGUUUUGCUCUUAAAUAUGGAUGAGGCUAUGGUUGGGCCAUCUUUCUCACUUUAUAAGAUGGCAGUUGAACGCAAUUUCACAAGAGGCCGUAGGACAACACAAGUUGCAGCUGCUUGUAUCUAUAUUGCAUGUCGAACUUCAAACCCACCAAAACCGUACCUACUCAUUGACUUUUCAGAAGCUUUGAGUAUAAAUGUGUAUGUGGUCGGAGCUACCUUUUUGCAGCUUUGUCAACUGUUAAGCCUUGGAGAGCAUAACAUUAUUAAGAGACCCAUUGAUCCUACUCUUUUUAUUCCUCGAUUUACCGAAAAGUUAUUAGCUGGAAAAGAUGUCGAGGUUUCCAGAACUGCAAUGCGCAUCAUAGCUAGCAUGAAGCGAGACUGGAUGCAGACAGGUAGAAAGCCAAGCGGGUUAUGUGGCGCAGCAUUAUACAUCUCUGCUCUCGCACAUGGUCAUAAUUUAACAAAAUUAGAUGUUGUAAAAAUUGUACAUAUUUGUGAAGUGACAUUGCGAAAACGAUUGAUUGAGUUCGAGAACACAGAAUCAGGGAGCUUAACUAUUGAAGAGUUAAACAAUAACGCUGUGGAGCUAAAAAAAUCGAACUUGUCACCUAUUGGUCCCCAUAAGUCUGGGGAGUUGCUUUGUCAACAUAAAGAGAGUAAAGAAGCUCCACCUCCAUUUGCCCAUGGGCUAUGCGAGAGUUGUUUCAGAGAUUUUGUGGAAAUUUCUGGCGGAGUUAGUGGUGGAGCAGAUCCUCCUGCCUUCCAGCUUGCUGAAAAAAUAAGAGUUGCCAAUAAAGCUGCUGUAUCAGAUGAUUCAGAAGUUGAUCUCCAGCAAGGGGAUAAAACAAUGGAUCACGUUGAUAAAACAACCGAUCACGUGGAUAAUACAAACAAGAAUGUUGAAUCUUCAUCUGAAUGUGACCAAAAUAUGAACCAUAAAGAAAAAUUGGGAACCGUAGAGUCUGACACUGUUGCUGCAGAUGGAAUGUCAAAUGACACCUCUGAUAAGGCCUCUAAGUUUACUUCUACAAGUAAUCUUACUAGUGACGGAUCAGAUGAUGGCCUUUCUGAUAUCGAUGAUUUAGAGGUAAAUGGAUACCUUAACAAUGAGGAGGAAACACGUUACAAGACGGCCAUCUGGGAAGACUUGUACAGAGAACAUUUGGAGGAACAGGCAGCAAAGCGUAGUGGGGAUGGCGACAAGAGUUCAAAGCCGAAAAAGGAGAGGAGCAAGAAGCAAGAUACUAAUCCCAAUCCUCAAACUGCUGCAGAAGCAGCGCGCCAAAUGUUAAGUAAAAAGCGACUACUUUCAAAAGUCAACCUCGAUAUGUUGGAGAAGGUCUUCGAUGAUGUAACCCCUGCAAAUAAAGCUCCCAAAUUAUCGAAGGAUGAAGACUCUUACGGCCUCAGCCCUAACGAUAAAGACCACAAGUCAGAUAUCGAGGACAAUAAUGAUGAAGCAGGCUCAGAUUUUGAAAAUGUGAAAGAAGGAUACAACAAAGGAUACGACAACGGGAUUCAUGAUUGGAACAUGGAAGAAGAUGGUUACGAGUUUGGCUAUGAAGAAGAUGAGUUUUGAAAAUUUUGAAUCCCUUUCCCAACUAGCCAACUCUAGCCUUGGUGAUGAUAACAUAUUCUUUGUAUUUUGCACUUACAGUUUUAGUAAUUGUAGAAGAAAAUAAAUUGUUAUAUUUGCCCUCUCCUUUGUUGUGCUUGUAAAAAGAAGAGGUUAACAAUUUUGAAAAUAGGUUAUUAUAUAUUACAAGUUUCUUUUCUCAUAAAAUAAA